GAAAUGUUUUAUUUUGAAAGACAUGUGAAUGUAUUGCGAAAUCAAAUGACUUUAAAAGUGAUUUAAAUAUUUUUUUCAAUCAUUAAAUCAAUUGAUUUUCAAACAACACAUGAGUUAAGACAUUAUUAUUACCGAAAAAACUCACGGAUCAGCUGUUGAAGAGAAAGAAAGAGAGAGAGAGAAUGGGUUCAUUGGUAUCGAAAGACGUUCGGACAGUCGACGGCCCGUUAGGUUCGGUCGAAGUGCGCGAUCGGGUGGCGAACAAUGACCCGAAACACCGGGACAUUAGUGAGUGUCCGAUGCACGCGAAGAAGAGAGAGAUGACUGCUUCCGAGUGUCCCAUAAAUAAAGACAAUUAUAUGCCGCUUGAGGCCAAUCAACAGCCAUCGGAUGGACAACCGUUUCCAUUGUCAACAUCGCGCCAGUCGUCGACAAUACCGAAAGCCAAUCCUAACGCCGAAGACGAUCAAUACUGGAAAUAUCCGUCCGAACAGAUGUUCUGGAAUGCUAUGCUUCGGAAGGGCUGGAAAUGGCAAAAACCGAUCGACGGUUCCGACGAGACGGCCAUCGAGAACAAGGAUAUGACUGAUAUCAUCAAAAUUCAUAACUUCAACAACGAAAUGGCGUGGAAAGAGAUACUCAAAUGGGAAAUGGCUUUCCAUAUGCGCGAGUGUCCCGACGGACCCAAACUGAAACGUUUUGGCGGCCGGGCUCAAGACUAUUCGCCGCGAGCACGCAUGCGAUCGUGGAUGGGCUACGAACUACCGUUUGAUCGACACGACUGGAUUGUCGACCGAUGCGGCCAAGAUGUUCGCUAUAUUAUUGACUACUAUGACGGCCAAAAAUUGGACUCAAACAGCGGUAACUUUGCACUGUUAGAUGUUAGGCCAGCCGUCGAUUCAGUUGGCAAUGUCUGGGAUCGUAUGAGAGUUGCCUUUUGGCGUUGGACUCAACGGUCUAAUGACUGACUGACUGAUUGAUGUCUUUUUAAAUGACUGUUUAUUUAAAUAAUAUACUGUAGUA